CCCGGAGCCGUAGUUUCCUAGGGGCAGCAGUGGCAGCUGCUGGGCGCCUCGUAGCCGCUUCGCGCGUGCUCUCUUGAUCCCUUCCCUCGCGCCGCGCUCUCGGGAGGGGGAAGGGCGGACUCGACCGGUUCCGAGAGUCUGCGGAGAGGGCGAGAGAACCAGACUCGCGCGCCCCGGGCACCUCCGGGCUCAACCGUCCGGGACCGAAAGCGGCAUCAGUGGUAGUGACGAUUCCAGGAUGGAAGGGGACCGGCUGGAACCCGUCGUUACCAUUAAGAAUAUUGAACGAGAACUCAUCUGCCCAGCAUGCAAGGAGUUAUUUACCCAUCCACUUAUUCUCCCUUGUCAACAUAGUAUCUGCCACAAAUGUGUAAAAGAAAUUCUGUACUUAACAUUUGAAGAUUCGUUCAAUGAUGCCGCUUCAGAAACUUCCAAUCACAGUAGCCCUCGCAGUAGAAUGAAUUCCCCUAGCUUGGAUAGAAUUGACAGGGUUAAUAGAUCAGGUUGGAAACGCAAUUCAUUAACUCCUAGGACAACAACCUUCCCUUGCCCAGGAUGCCGGCAUGAUGUAGAUCUUGGCGAACGUGGGAUCAGUGGCCUAUUUCGAAAUGUCACCUUGGAAACUAUUGUAGAACGGUACAGGCAGGCAGCGAGGGCAGCCACAGCUAUUAUGUGUGAUCUAUGUAAACCUCCAGCACAAGAAUCCACAAAGAGCUGCAUGGAUUGUGGUGCAAGUUAUUGCAACGAAUGCUUCAAAAUACACCAUCCCUGGGGAACUUUAAAAGCCCAACAUGAAUAUGUGGGACCAACCACCAAUUUCAGACCUAAAAUUUUGAUGUGUCCGGAACAUGAAAUGGAAAAAGUAAAUAUGUACUGUGAAAUAUGCAGAAGACCUGUUUGUCACCUUUGCAAAUUGGGUGGUACACAUGCAAACCAUCGAGUGACUACCAUGAGCAGUGCCUACAAAACACUUAAGGAGAAACUUUCGCAGGAUAUACACUACCUCAUUAGUAAGGAGAGCCACGUGAAAAACCAAAUUACAGAGCUUGGUCUUUUAGUGAAAGAAGCUGAGUGCAAUGGUGAAAGAGCGAAGGAGGAAGCGUCUAAUAACUUCGAUAAGCUGUUUCAUGUUUUGGAGGAAAAGAAAAACACUGCAAUUAGAGCUAUUGAAACAUCCAAACAUUUAAGAAUGGACAAAUUGCAUUCUCAAAUAGAAGAGUAUCAGGGACUUCUAGAAAACAAUGGCCUAGUGGGAUAUGCACAAGAAGUUCUCAAAGAAACAGACCCAUCUUGUUUUGUUCAAACAGCAAAGCAGCUUCAUGAUAGAAUUCAGAAAGCUACUGAAUCUUUGAAGAGCUUCAGGCCUGCAGCUCAAGCUUCUUUUGAAGACUUUGUUCUUGACAUAGAAAAGCAACAGGAAGCUCUUGAAAAUAUGUGUUUCCAUUCAAAUGGAAAUGAUAUACCAGAAAUCAGUGAGGAACGGAGCAAAAUGUAUAACAAAGCUUUGAUCUGUUGGGAUCAUCCACAGAAAACAGGUUCAGCUGAUACUUACAUACUUGAAUAUCACAAGCUUAAUAAAGAAGAGGCUAACUCAGCAUGGCAAGAAAUUGAAGUCUGCAGUAAGAGUGAAAUAAUUUCUGACCUUGACACAAACAGUACCUAUGCCUUUAGGGUCAGAGGAUAUAAAGGAUCUAUUUGUAGCCCAUGGAGCAGAGAACUUAUCUUACAUACACCACCAGCUCCAGUUUUCAGUUUUCUUUUGGAUGACAAAUGUGGCUACAAUUGUGAACGUCUUCUGCUAAAUGCAAGAAGAAAUGUUGUAGAAAGCAGAGCUGGGUUUCCUCUGCUUUUGGAAGCUGAACGUAUCCAACAAGGCUGUUACACUGCCUUGGACUACAUUGUUGGAGACACUGGUGUUGUGAAAGGAAAGCAUUUCUGGGCUUUCCAUGUGGAACCCUAUUCAUAUCUUGUGAAAGUAGGAGUUGCAUCUGAUGCUAAGAUCCAAGAAUGGUUCCACAAUUCUCGUGAACUAAGUAGCCCCAGAUACGAACAAGACAGUGGUCAUGACAGUGGGAGUGAAGACAUCUUUGCUGAGUCCUUGCAGCCUUUCACAUUAAUAACUAUAGGCAUGAAAAAAAUGUUUAUUCCUAAAGCAUCAUCUGCUUCAGCUGCUCCCAAAGAUUGUGUGAACAGAGUUCUUCCCAUGCCAUCAAACAUCGGAAUCUGCCUUGACUGUGACAAAGGCAGCAUUGGAUUCUAUGAUGCAGAUCGGAUGAAGUGUAUUUACGAACGCCCAGUGGAAUGCUCUGGUAAAAUGUAUCCCGCUUUUGCAUUAAUGGGGAGCUCAGGAAUUCAUCUAGAAGAAACGAUUGCAGCAAAAUACCUGCAAUAUCAGGAUGAAGACAUUUAAUACCCAAGGACCCACCUUUAGCUUUGUGUCUUAAUUACAACAUAACUCCAAGUGCAUCUGCUGCACCCCCUGCUUUUGAGUCUGUUUUUCUUUUGUUUUUUAAUUGCAGAAAAAAACAACUCUACUAAAUGUUUAGUGUCCAGAAAACUCUACCUGAAGACCUCUUUGAACUGUUGUUUUUUGUCUUAUAGUGACCUUGGAUACUCAGAUUAGCACCCUGAUUGCCUUUGAUAAACUGGAAACCUGCCAGUCUGUUUAAGUUUAAAUCCUUAUUUCUGACAUUGCCUCCAUUUACAUUCCAUUUUUAAACAAAUGGAAGUAGGCUCUUCUUUUUAGUAAUUAUAGAUUUGUUCACUUCAGAAGGAGCUAAUUUUGACUAUCCUGAGUGGUCAAAUGUGUAUCAGAAACUGUCUUUGCAUUAGAGCAAAGUGCUUUGUGAAUCCAAGCUAUGAGCAAAUUGGUAGCAUUUAGGAGAUGGAUAAUGAAUCACAGUUACUGUGUCUCACACAGAUUUAUUGUGAUUCAUAUUAUUGAUUUUUAAACCUGGUGCAAUUGCAAUGGUGAUUAAAUGCAGGUUCUUAUGUGUGUUUUCAGUAUUUUAGGUUAUCUCCUAUAUGCUGUAUUUAAUUUAUGUUUAAAUAAGUGCAAUUUUUCAUCAAACCUUGGUGUUAAAACCUCUGUGUAUGUGACUUGUGUGUGUGUGUGGGGGGGGGGAUGAAAUGCAGACACAAUUUGGAUUUUAUAUUUUUCUUUAAAAAAGGGUUUUGGCACAUUUAAUUCUUCAUAAAAUUAAGGCGGUCAGUGUGUUUAGAAUAAAAGCACUGAUAAAUUAAGUUUGAAACACUUUUACCUUAAGGUAUCAUCAGUCCAAACUUCUUAGCUAAAAAGCAAUCCAUACAAAAUUGUCUAAAGCUCCAUAAUCAUCUUAAGUGUGUAAAAAAAUUGCUUCAUGUUUGUGAAGCUUUGCACUUCAGGUCAUAUAGGGUUUUUAAUUUGUUUUACAUAAGUAGAUAUGUGUAGUCCACUUUAUGUGUUAAAUACUGUUUCAAAAAAUAUCAACUAUGCAGUAGUUACACAAGAUCUGGUAAGCACUAGUCAUUUUGAGUCAAAUAAUAACCCAAAUGAUUAAUUUAAGCUUUUUUAUUUAUAAUGUGAUAAUUAUUUAUUUACAGUGAAGUGAUAUUUUGCCUAAUGUCAGUUUAAUUAAUACCAUCAAUUUAAUCUACCCAAUGAAUUGGAACAUUUUUUCCUGCCUUUAGGUACUCUUAUUGUUUGAAUUAAAAAUAAUAAUUUGAGCUGGGAAAUAGUAGAAUGUUCAGGGCCUCCUGAAUGCAAAAAGUGGUGCUUUUCUUUAGUUUAAGGGACCAGGGAAACACCUAGCCAUGCGGUGAACAAAAAUG